AGGUCCUGCGGAGAGGGCUAAGUCAGUGUCUGGGAGAUGUUGCGUGUUUCCCGUCCUCUUGGGGAAGCAAGUGCCGUUGCUCUUGCUUGUUACUUGUUGUAUUAUGAUCACUUGAAUCUCUUUAGUUGUUAGUCAUUUGUCUGAGCCCUGAUGAAUCAGAAGAAAGUAACACUCGCAAUGAGGUCACUGUAUGGACUAUAUCCGUACAAGUCCAGCAUGAUUGGCCUGGAGAAUCUGGCGGAUCCAUCAGGUAACUGGGACAUAGUGGAGACCAUUGGUAAAGGAACCUAUGGAAAAGUCUACCGAGUCACCAACAAGAAGGAUGGGAGUCAAGCAGCCGUCAAAGUGCUGGACCCGAUCAACCAUUCGAACCACACAAACAGAGACGUGGAUGAGGAGAUAGAGGCAGAAUACAACAUCCUGAGGUCGCUGUCCAACCAUCCCAACGUGGUGAAGUUUUAUGGCAUGUUUUACAAGUCAGACAACCUGUCAGGCGGACAGCUCUGGCUGGUAUUGGAGCUGUGCAACGGCGGCUCUGUCACAGAACUCAUCAAAGGCCUUCUCAUGCGAGGCCAGCGUCUGCAGGAGCCGGUUAUCUCAUACAUCUUAUACGGUGCCCUCUUGGGUCUUCAGCAUUUACACAACAACAGGAUUAUCCAUCGUGACGUCAAAGGCAACAACAUCCUUCUGACAACCGAGGGAGGAGUCAAACUCGUUGACUUUGGCGUCUCUGCUCAGCUGACAAGUGCACGUUUGCGCAGAAAUACAUCAGUCGGGACUCCUUUUUGGAUGGCUCCAGAGGUCAUUGCCUGCGAGCAGCAGUAUGACUACUCGUACGAUGCCCGCUGUGAUGUAUGGUCGCUUGGCAUCACAGCCAUCGAGCUGGCUGAUGGAGAUCCCCCACUGGCAGAGAUGCAUCCAGUCAAAGCUCUCUUCAAGAUCCCACGAAAUCCCUCUCCUACACUACGCAAUCCAGAUCAGUGGUGCAGGAGCUUCUGUCACUUCAUUGGCCAGUGUCUGAUAAAGGAUUUUGAGGCGCGUCCAUCUGUGACUCACCUCCUGGAGCACCCCUUCAUCAAGCAGGCCCACGGCAAAGAUGUGGCACUCAGUCAGCAGUUAGCUACUCUCAUCCGGGAGCAGCAGAACGUGGGCUGCAAAACCAAAACUAAGCAUGAGAGGAUCAAUACUCGUAAAACCCUCAUAAUAGAGAGCUGUCCUGAUGAUGAUCUGGUAAACCUGGAGUUCUUGGAUGAGGAGACAAUAAUCAGCCAUCUUCAGAAAAGGUAUGAUGAGCUGCAGGUAUACACUUAUGUUGGUGACAUCCUCAUCGCUCUAAAUCCUUUUCAGAAUCUCAGCAUCUACUCUCCACAGUUCUCUAAGCUGUAUCACGGUGUGAAGCGGGCUGACAACCCUCCACACAUCUUUGCCACAGCAGAUGCGGCCUACCAAGGCAUGGUGACUUUCUGCAAAGACCAGUGCAUCAUAAUCAGUGGGGAAAGCGGUGCUGGGAAAACAGAGAGCGCUCAUUUGAUUGUUCAGCAUCUUACCUUCUUGGGAAAGGCAAACAAUAGGACGUUGCGUGAGAAGAUCCUGCAAGUGAACCCGCUUGUAGAGGCCUUUGGAAAUGCAUGCACAGCUAUCAAUGACAACUCCAGUCGCUUUGGAAAGUACCUGGAGAUGAAGUUCACACCCACUGGAGCUGUCAUGGGAGCCAAGAUAUCAGAGUACCUGCUGGAGAAGUCAAGGGUCAUCAAACAGGCUGCGGGAGAGAAAAACUUCCACAUCUUCUAUUACAUUUAUGCUGGGCUUUACCACGAAGAUAAGCUGAAGAAUUACAGAUUACCUGACAAGACACCUCCCAGGUACAUUGACAGUCAGCACUGCAAAGUGAUGCAAGACAUUGUGUCCAGUAAACUGUACAAGGAGCAGUUUGACGCAAUUCAGGACUGUUUCCGAAUCAUCGGUUUUACUGAAGAGGAAGUCAACUCGGUUUACAGAAUCCUCUCAGCCAUUUUGAAUACUGGCAAUAUUGAAUUCACCGCCAUCACAUCCCAGCACCAGACUGAUAAGAGUGAAGUGCCUAACUCAGAGGCCUUAGAGAAUGCGGCAUCUCUUCUCAGCAUCGGCUCCGAAGAGCUCCAGGAGGCCCUGACCUCCCACUGUGUGGUUACCAGGGGUGAGACCAUCAUCCGUACCAACACUGUGGACAAAGCCACCGACGUCCGAGAUGCUAUGUCCAAGGCCUUGUAUGGACGCCUAUUCAGCUGGAUAGUCAAUCGCAUCAACUCCCUGCUGCAGCCUGACAUGAAUAUCUGUGCCGCAGAGAGCGGCAUGAAUGUUGGAAUCCUGGACAUCUUUGGAUUUGAAAACUUCAAGAAGAACUCCUUUGAGCAAUUGUGCAUCAACAUCGCAAAUGAGCAGAUCCAGUUUUACUUCAACCAGCACAUAUUUGCCCUUGAACAGAUGGAAUACCAGAGCGAGGGAGUGGAUGCCAGCCUGGUCGAGUACGAGGACAACAGGCCCAUCCUCGACAUGUUCCUCCAGAAGCCCAUGGGCCUGCUGUCCCUGCUGGACGAGGAGAGCCGCUUCCCACAGGCCACUGACCAGACAUUAGUGGAUAAGUUUGAGGACAAUUUGCGCUGCAAGUAUUUCUGGAUACCAAAACGUGUGGAGCUCUGUUUUGGAAUUCAACAUUAUGCAGGAAAGGUUCUGUACAAUGUGAAUGGAUUCUUGGAGAAGAACAGAGACACCCUGCCUGCAGACAUUGUCGUGGUGCUGAGGACGUCAGAGAACAAACUUUUGCAGCAGCUGUUUUCCAGUCCUUUGACAAAAACAGGAAAUCUGGCGACUUCCAGGGCAAGAAUCACUGCUGCAUCGCGAUCGCUGCCACCUCAGCUCAACUCAGGACGCAACAAGUCUCCCAAAUACCUUUUGAAGGUAGACACGAUGGAGAUGAUGCGUCACCCAGAAGAAACCACCAACAUGAGGAGACAGACUGUGGCCUCCUAUUUCCGUUACUCCCUGAUGGACUUGCUGUCUAAGAUGGUUGUGGGUCAGCCACACUUUGUGCGCUGCAUCAAGCCAAAUGACGACAGGCAGGCGCUGCGCUUCAACAAGGACAGAGUGAUGGUGCAGCUGCGCUACACCGGGAUCCUGGAGACAGUGAACAUCCGCCGGCAGGGCUACUCCCACCGCAUCCUGUUUGAAGACUUUGUCAACAGAUAUUACUACCUUGCCUUCCGGGCUCACCAGAUGCCUGAGAUUAGCAAAGAAAAUGCUGUUGCCAUAUUGAAGCAGGCCAAACUAGAAAAGUGGGUCCUAGGGAAGACUAAGGUGUUUCUGAAGUACUACCAUGUGGAGCAGCUGAACCUGCUGCUGAGGGAGGUGAUAGCACGGGUGGUGAUAAUGCAGGCAUACACCAAGGGCUGGUUGGGGGCCCGGCGCUAUCGAAAGGAGAAAGAGAAGAGGAAGAACGGGGCCAUCAUCAUCCAGUCAGCCUGGAGGGGCUACCUUGCUCGGCAAAACCUCAAGCAAAUAAAAAAAGAGAGGGAGGAGGCUGCCGUCCGCAUACAGUCAGUUUACAGGGGCCAUCGGGUACGUCGAGACUGUGGACUCCAGAGGCACAGAUCUCUCCCUGAGGCUGCUGGGAAGACCACCAAGGAGGAGCAAGCUGGAUGUAAUGGCCCAAAGAGCUGCGAGCCACAUACAGAUCACAUACACGGAGGAAAGGUUGGCCCCGACAGCCAAGACAGACAAGUGAAAGACAUCAAGAGAGACAAAGGCAGAGCAGAAGACAGUGUAACGAAGCCUUGCAGGGAGACAGCUAGACUGCGAGACACACAGUGUAAACAAGGUCCAGUGGUGAAGCUACAGCAGAGAACCCCUCGCCGGCGGGGCCAGCAGCCCAAGCUGCUCAAUAGCCCUGAAGACAGCCUGUACUACAACCAGCUAAAUAGAACUCUGGAUUACCAGGGGAGCAAGAGGAAGCCGAGAAAACUUGGUCAAAUCAAAGUGCUGGAUGGAGAAGAUGAGUACUACAAAUUACUGUCAACUGUGGAGUCGAUCCCUGAGGAAGACUACGCGACUGCCCCCCCUCCCACCCUGUCUAGUGGGCCUCUCGUCAGUCAGAGCUGAGCCUUACAACCAUGUCAACCGAUUGCCUUCUUCAUCUUUGAACUGGACUUCAACCAAAACAAAUCAUAUCUUAACAUCACACUUGCAAUGCAUUGUACAUUUUAUUUAUUUCUAAUAAAUUGCUAUUUUAUAUGAGUAAAAUAAACAUGUUCAAACUACAGCAUUUUGAUUAAUAAUGUAUUUUGUUUGAGUAAAUUUAUGUUCACUGUUAAUGAAUGGUCCUUUUUAUAAUAUCUGUAAUCUAAAAACAUGAAAAGUAUGACCACGGUGGUGUGAUGGUAGUCAUCAUGGGCCAAAUCUUUGAUUUUUGCUUGCAACAUACCAAUUAGUCUCUGUAUAAAAGAUUUACUUUACCUCUGAUCCUUUUUUACAUAGAUCUGAGUGAAAUAUGGUGUUAAAUUUCAACAAUCUAAACAACAUUUUAAAAGGCUGCAUCAUUUUCAACGCACUUAUAUAUCUUGUGUGGGACAUUACACAUUUGUAUCAUUUUCCAACUCAACAUAAUUGUUAAUUGUGUCAACAUUUCCUAUGAUGUACACAGGUUUUGUUGAAAAGUAAUAUAAAUGUGAGCAGGGACAGUCUAGACUCAGAGAUGUGCUGAAAGUAACACACGCCCUUUCUAGGAGUGAAAAAAAAAAAUUCCUCAAGUCACCUUCAUAAGAUUGUCAGGUGCCUGUUGCACUUUGACAAAUUGCUGCUUUAUGUUUUUAAACUCAAGAAAUGACAGUUUCUGAUCAAAACAGUUGUAUGAGAUGAGAAUGCAUACCACAGAUAUUGACUUAUAUCUGUUUUUGUGCACCAUCCUUUGCUUUCAGAUGACAGUGCAUGUUGGAUCAGUUCAGCUAGUAAUAUUUCUUACACCUUAUUUACAACAGCUGCUUGAGUUUUUGUAACCUAUAAACACGCGUACAAGACUAUUGGUAUCUUCAUUGUAGAUAUUCCGCUAAUCUGUAAAUGUAGCUAAAUCCGUUUCUGUCCAUGUUAAUGGUAUUGCAGCUGUAUGAUGGACUGUCCUCAUUGUACUGUGGUAAAGUAUGAAAUGCACGGAUGGUACUGCCUGAUUCAGUGUUCAGGCCCUUGGGUGUACCAGCAGAAAACUAUUGCAGUGGGGUUCCUCCAAGUUAAUUUUCCCAUCAAAUGCCCCAGGAAAAUUUCCUUUAGCUAUACCACUGCUAAGGUGGCCUUGUAAAACUUGAGGUAUGGUAAUACGAAGGCAAAGGUUUGGGGCAAGUAAAUUACCUCAGGGCCUGGACAUUGUGUCAGGCACAUAGCCAUGAAUUUCUUCCAAACUAUAUCAAAGUCGUGUGCAGCCAAAUCCAUCCCAUAGCUGAAGCCCCAUUGAGAGGCAUUAAAAUGUAAGAAGUUGCAUUUAAGGCUGAACAGAGUGUCUCAAAGAAAGAUACCCAUAGUUUGGUAAUGCUGAUGGGUCACAAAAUUCACAUAGUUGUUAUAUAUGGGAGAAUGUGGACAAAACUGACCUUUCAUAGCAUGGAAACUUACAGGUAAUGCUCAUUUAUGCUAAAACCCUCCCUCAGUCCGAAUUAAUGUAUGCAUUUCAUGUGACUGUACAGAGUUUGUCGAGACUUCAGAACAUUAAAUUUUCUUUUCCAAACCUGUAUAAACCAGGAAAUAAAUGUUUUAAUUUGUUCUGUUAUUAAAAGAGAAAAACCUGCAGCUGCUCCACAGACAGCGAUUUGGGGUUGAGCUAAUUACAUAGUAUCAUAAAAUGUUUGUUUCUGCACUUACAGCCAGUUGUUAUUUCACUGUAAUGCUACAAGGUCUUAAACAGAAACCAUGCCUCUUAACUCACCUUCAUUAAUGUCACCAUGUCCCAGAUUUUGUUUUGGGGUCUCUUUUGAAUCAGACUUAAUUAUGUUCACAAAUAACUGUUAAACAGUGUAGGAUCACAGGAAAAUUAUCUGCUUUAGAGUGGAUUCACCCUUUAAUUUACGCAAACAGUUGUUUCAGUAGACAUAAGUGUGGGCAGUUGACAAUAUUUGAUAUUUCUCUGACAUUUAAACCCGCAAUUAAAAACACACAACACAAUAACUGAGAACACUCUGCAGCACAUCUGGUCAGAAAAACAAGCUUUUGAGUGUACCACAAAAAUGACCGAUCCCACGUUCCACUUUUUUUAACCACUGAAUAAACUGUAGAAACUUAUGAUAUCUGAACUGCCCAAUACUUUUUGUUGAUAACAACAGGCUCACUGAGCCGACAGCAUACUGCAGUUUUAUAAUUUCAUCUCUUCACCUAUUCUAAUCUUUGUAUCAGCAUGUUUUUAUACCAACACUAAUAAAGUGUAAUUCACAGAAAAA